AUGAUGUUCAAACGCAAGGAAUGUUAAUUCCCAAGUUGAAGUACCUCAGUAGAUGGGUGCAGAGUAUAUAAUAUGUAUCAUUAUUUUAAUAUAUAAUUAAAAUAAAGUAUUAGACUAAAACUACACCUGCAAAAUCUGUUUUCUUUUCUCUUUACCUCUUUAUAACUCUCCUAAAAUGUACCUCAUACAUUCCCUUCUAAAGGGACUUUGUUCCCUUCUCACACAAAGCGCUCGUGCUUGUUAAAGAGUGGCGUGCUGUCAUAGCAACCAUGUUACAUUCCGUUUCCGUUUGUCCUAAGAAGGCCGUCUCGUUUAAACGAGACUUGUUUAAAGGACGCUCGUUAUACUGCAGCCUUCAAAGGACGCGUCCUACCUAGCACGCAGCCUUCAAAACGAGACACAGCAAGUGACAGACACAUGACCACGUCCCGCUCCACAGAUGUAUUAUAAACUGCAAUAUAAUUAUUGUCACUGUCCACACAGGCAAGUCUCCCUCAAUCUGCAACCAUGAAAUUCUCCCUCAUCGCCACCCUUCUUGUUGCUCUGGCCAUUGGCUCUGAGUCAGUAUCUCUAGUCAAGAGAGAGACUCCAGCUGAGCUUGAGAUGAUCUCCAAGUACUUCCAGGACCUCGUGGACACUCUGAAAAAUGUUGAGGCCCCUGAGCUGGCCAACAAGGCCAGGGCUUACUUUGAUAAGAGCAAAGCCCAGUUCCAGACCAUGGUUGAGAAGCUCCAGGAGCAGCUGAAACCCCUCUCCAGCAACAUUGAGGACCACAUCAAGCCUCUGGCUGCCUCUGUUCAGGCCCAGUUUGCGCCCUUGGCCGACAUGGUCCAGACCCACAUUAAAGACAUGCUCAAGUUUGUGUAUGAGAAGUCCAAAACCAUCCUGCCCCCUCAGUAAACUCGCAGGAAGCACCCAUUUUUACUUCCCUUUUCAUUUUCUCUUUAUAUGUAUGUUUGAUUUAAUAAAAGGGGUUGAAAGGUGACUGCUGUGUGCUAGCUGGUUAUUCAGAAACUGUUGUGUUGAAGUGUAUGUGUAUCAGGGAACUGAAUAAGAUAACACUGAAAUUUGUUUCACAACAGCAGAAAGAUAUGAUUUAAAGACAUUUUUUAAAAUCUUAUUUUUAAGAUGUGAAAAUCAAUGUGAAAAACCACAAAAAACAAACUUUUAUCCUUUUAUUCUAAUUGCAUAAGCCUAAAUACAGUCCAAUUCAUAACCAAAAAAGAAAGAAAAUAAUGGUUCCAGUCCACUAAUUUAAUUGGAUAAGUGGAAUCCCAAUAGUGCUGAUAUUUGGUCUAAUAUGCCGCUUGUCUGUUUUCUACAUACAGUUCUUGUGGAACUAUUUUCAUUGGUGGAGUAAAAAUAAAUAGCUGACUACAUUGUGUCUGAAAUGUGAUUCACUGUAUAUUAA